GUGCUGUGGGCCGGGCUGCGACGCUUCCCGUCCCCGUCUAACGGUGCGUCCGCGCCCGCGGGCAUAAGCCACUGGAGCGCUGCCCGGCCCGGGACUGGCCGGGGGCAGUAGGUGAGUGAGUUAGCGGGCGGCAGUGGAGCGCUGCUCCAGCCAGGUGUAGAUGCUGCCAGAGGACGGUGGCAGGACACAGAGACGUGGUCAGAGCGUGUGUGUCCGUGCUGUAAGCCCGCUCCAUCCCACUGGUUUCUGCCCCGGGUGCUCUGCUGUCCACUGCAGUCGGCACAUCAGUGGCACUGAGGGGGAGGCAGCCACGAUGAAGCAGUGACGAAAGAUCCACGUGAUUCCUGCGAGCAGCUUGCUGAGCGACAACCAUGAAUUGGAAAUCAGAUUGCUCUAAGAUUGCACAGUAUCUGUUUAUUGUUGCAAGUCUGGUUACAAUGGUGAUCCUCUUCAACAUGACACUGAAGUCCAACCUUCCUUACAGUGUGGAAGAAAAGGACUGCAAGAUUGGGUAUUCCAACAUGUACAGCCAGCGGGUUCUAUCUAACUUCACAAGAAACACACAGUUAUUCUUAACUUUAAAUGAUGUUUGGUGGAAAGAGAAAACCUCCCCUGUCCUUGACUUACCAUACGGAAUUAAAGGCACUGAACAAACUAUUAACAGGAUAUUGGCCAAGAUACAUUACGACAUGCCUGAAAGUAUAAAAAGGUUGGCUUGUAAAAGAUGUGUUAUCAUUGGUAAUGGAUUCACUCUGAAGAACAGCUCCCUUGGCGAGAAAAUCAACAACUACGAUGUUGUCAUUCGGAUAAAUGAUGCUCCCGUCCGCGGCUACGAGAAGGACGUCGGCAACAAAACUACUCUGCGUUUUUUUUACCCGGAGUCAGCGGGCUUGAAGCCCGAAUAUGAGAACAAUCCCAACACACUGCUGGUGUUUUUACCCUUCAAGCAAGUGGACGCCCGCUGGCUCAGUGCGAUCCUGUACAACGAGAAAAGAACGAGUAAAGGGUUCUGGAAGCCUCCGCCAUUGGUGUGGGAAGCAAAUCCAUCGAACAUCCGGAUACUCAACCCUUAUUACAUACACCAAGCUGCUACCAAAUUAUUGAAAAUCCCACUCAAGGUGCCUCCCAAGUCACUACAGAAACCAGUGCACCCCACAAGUGGCUUUCUUGCCAUCACUGUGGCCUUGAACUAUUGUGAUGAGGUCCAUGUCGCUGGCUUUGGUUAUCCCAUCACUCAACGGGACACUCCAAUUCACUACUACGACAAAACUACAAUGAAAGCCAUGACCAACUCUGAACACAACAUCACGCAUGAGCAGCUGUUUCUGAAGAAGCUGGUGGAUGCCGGGGCAAUCAAAUACCUCACCAUCUUGCUGUAACGUGAUGGUUUGGAGAGAGUGACAAGUUUUGUUUUUAUACUUUUUACAAUGAUUACUGCGGCAUUCCCUCGGCCGCUUGUGCGGCACGUUGCUGGGCUCAGCGGCGAGGUCCACGGGGAGGUGCGUGUUUGGACAACACUGCCCUCUGCGCUGCGAUCAAAGCGGCUCCUGCUUCACCCAACGUGGCUGUGGACAGGGGGGACCGGAGGAAGCGGGUGGCAUUCACUUGUUGGAAGAAGGGUGCUGCAUUCUCGUGGUCACACAGCAAAGGAUGUCACCGCAAGAUGUUUGACUUGCCACCGGUUGCAAUUGGAAAGAUGAUGCACAAGUAUAACCAGAACUCCACUGUGAUACACAUUGCCAGGCCCAGCCAGCUGUAGAUAGCCCACUGUCAUAGAUUUGUUGCAGCCCAUCUUGUAUUCUGAUUGACCAGGCAGUGGUUCAAAUGACGUUAGUGUUUGUCGGAGUACAAUCGCUACGGCCGAUUUUCCAGUCGAGCUUGCUUGUGAUUUACGUGUUGAAUUUCCUCGACAACUAUCACGCGGUGGAAUGCACGACCGAGCUGUCUUAUGACUCAAGAAGGGUCUGCAGAAGGGUCUCGACCCGAAAACGUCACCUAUUCCUUUUCUUCAGGGACGCUGCCUUUUGUGCCCUCUGGCUGGCUCCGUGUUGGGACGAUGCACUUCUGAUCGCCCGGCGCCGUGCUGCGGAACUGGUUCUCACAGCCACGUCUUGGAGUGAGGUGGUACUGACUGAUGGUCCAUCUUACUGCUGCAUCAGUGUGUCAGAGUAACCCUUGACACCAGGCAAGUGAGGCAUGUCAAGACUUUUGCCAGCGACGUUAAGUCAAGAGCUGGACUAAUACUCGUGAUGCCGUAGAGUACAGCCCGAUUCUGCAAGAUGGCAGGGCGUUUCCUCAUGAGCAAUUAGCGUGCGGGAAAUAAAAUCCAAAUUCCGCAGAUUAUGAAAAUCCGAAACAAAACACAGGACAUGCUGGAAACACAUGGCAUGUCAGGCAGCAUCUGCGGAAAGAGAAAUGGACUUCAUGUUGAAGAACCAGCAUUAGAAUAGUGAAGAGACUGUAACUCGUCAACAUUGUAACAUUGACUCUGCUUCUCUUUCCACGGAUGCUGCCUGACCUGCUGAGUGUUUCCACCAUUUUUUGUUUUGUGUUGGGAUUUGUGUGUGCUGUGUACACUCCGGCAUCACUGUCGAUUUAAGGUUUUGAGAAAGGAUAAUUUUCUCCUAUUUCUACCUGUGAAUGUAUUUGAAAAUUCUCCAUGUAAAAAAAUAAAAAAGGACAUGGACCUUCGCAGUCUGCUGUGUUUCCAAAAUAGAAA